AUGGAGGAAGAAGAUUGGGGCUUUACUAAUGAUAUUUACCAAUCCUUUUUCCAGAUGAACUUCGAAUGGCCAUGCCUAUCAUUUGAUGUUAUUCAGGAUACAUUAGGUGCAUCUCGUCGUACAUUUCCACAUACUGCCUACUUUGUUUCAGCAACACAAGCAGAAUCAGAGGACGAAAAUCAACUCCUUGUCACAAAAAUCAGCGAGCUUCAAUAUACUAAGAAUGAUGGCACAGCAGAAGAAGAUCUUCCAGAUCCAAAGAUCCGUGUCUGCGGCAAUUUCCACCCAUCAUGUGCUAACAGAGUAAGAUGCAUGCCACAAAAUACAAAUGUUGUCGCAACAUGGACAGAAAGCGCAGGCGUUUGCAUCUGGGAUAUCAAAGACGCAAUUAAUGCAUCAAACACAGAUUCUGGUGAUGGAGCCGUCAAUUUGCUUCACGAGUGCCCAGCAGAUGAUGAAGGUUACGGCCUCGCAUGGUCUAAAAUCCAGCAAGGCUUAUUAGCUUACGGUGAUGUCAACGGCAUCAUUCAGCUUUGGAAGCAGGAUGGAAGCUCAUUCCGUCAGCUUUCUCAGUUCCCAGCUCACGCCGACAGUGUUGAAGAUAUCGUCUUUUCUCCACAGGAUGACGGCAUCUUUGCAACAUGCAGUAGUGAUGGCUACGUCUGUAUCUGGGAUAACCGUGAUCUCAAGGCUCCAAUCCUCAAAUUCCAGGGUCGUAAUCUUGAAAAAGAUCCAGAAGCCAACCCAGCAGAUAAAAUCGAUAUUAAUGUACUCGACUGGAAUGGUAUCCAGAAGACCCUCAUUGCUACAGGCUCAGACGAUGGUCAAAUCAACGUCUGGGAUAUCAGAAACGCAUCUGACGAAAACGGCCCAGCAUUCUCAAUCGAUUACCAUCAGGAUGCGAUCACAUCCAUCGAGUGGAACCCCAACGACGAAACAGAGCUCGCAGCAUCAUCAGAAGACGGAAGAGUCACUGUUUGGGACAUUUCUGUCGAAGCUUUCGAUCCAGAAGACCGCGAAGAAGGUAUUCCUGACCAGAUGAUGUUCGAACAUCCAAUUGCCGAGCCAAAGGAACUCCACUACCAUCCACAGAUUCCAGGACUUAUCGCUGUCACAGGAGAAACAUUUGAUGUGUUCAUUCCUGAUAUUGUCGAAGAUGCUGAUGCUCAAGAGGAUGGAACUCCAGCUCCAGAAACAAAUUAA